AUGGAGCCUGUUGUAUAUCAAGAGUCGCCUUUAGCCGACUAUCUGAAAGAUGGCGCCAGCGGUUCAGAAGCAGACUGGGCAGCUAUGGACAGCUCAUCUCCUCGCCUCUCGUCCACACGAUCCGAUCCCUCACCUCCCUCAAGUCCUUCGUCCUUUGCACCCACGGGUCGUCCAAUGGUGAAGACCAGGUUUCGGGGUAAACCUCCCGCUACGUCGCAGACCGGUGUGCCGAAACCAUCGACCACGCUGCAAGCCAUCAGGAGAAGUUGCUCGGCUGCUGUUGUCGCAAGCAUCGACCGUUCCGACAAUGCCAAGUUUCUCGAACAGUUCCGAUACACAAUCAUUGCGUCUCAGCUACUGAGCGGCACGUCGAUAUUUGGCUACCGCCCACUCGCCUCGCACAUGCCCAGUGUAGCUCAUGCCCACGAAAAACACCAGUCUCUCUUGUCUACGGAAGGGGUCGUUGCUUCGAUACUUGUCGCCCUUGCCAUCGCUGUGAUCCUCAGUUGGUUUCUUGGAAAUGGGCCUUCGCAUGUGACUCGUAAACGACUGGCCUUUCUCCUGAUUAUUUUGGCAGCUGCGUCCUUGCUUGGCCAGAUACAUAUCCGCAGGCGGUGGCUUCGCUACAGACGGGACCAGUCUUUAUCAGAGAUUGCUCUGUUUGUCUCCAAUUCCAAUAACCUUGAUAGCGCUACCGACGCUACAUUAUCAUUGGUUCAGGAGGUAGAGCUUGUCUCGCGCGGGUACCGCGUAAGUGCCCCCCUGCCUCCCAUUAGCAGAUUAGAGGAUCGAAACCAAGCCAGGAAAUGCAUUCGUCUCCGCAAAGCAUUGAGAAAUACCCUCGCAGAUGUGCUCACUUGCUACAAUCAAAGGUCCAAUCUGAUCGAAGGUUUUGCUGAGCGGGCGGAGCUAGAAAAGUACUACGACAUGUACGACAUCAAUGACGUGGAUGCUUCUGAUGCCCGGCUGGGAUUUAGCGAGACUGAAUUUGAGGACUCGGAGUCGCUAAGAACACUGAAGGUCCUGGCCGCACGGUUUCACACCACCCGCAAAAUGCUUCUCUGCGCCUUGCUUGCUCUGGACGCGAACGGGGAAGGGCCCGACUUGCUUCGUUGGACCACAGCUGUCGAAGUGCUUCGAGGCUUGAAUGAGUCCACCAACGGAGCCUACCAAGGGCUCCAAAGCAUUCUGUGCGAAGCGGAAACGUUUCCCGUGCCGUGCACUCCCAAGAUACCCUUGACGCCAGGCCGGGAGCGCUGGCGCUCGCAAUUACGAAAACUCAAUUCGCUGUCUACGGGGAUUAGAGGCUUGCAGGCCAAGCUUCAUUUACUACGAGAAGAGUCUGACCGAGCACUGGAUGACUCGAACGACAUUUGCGAGCUUGUGCCCAACCUAGUAACGCAGUACGAAUCUAUCGGCGUCGACCUCAAGGAACUCAUGUCAGCAUGGGAAGAGGGCAAGGCUGCCCUGGCACUGGGAAUCGACAGGAACGAAAAGAGACUGUCGUCCAUGAGCACGCUCCUGUCACCACGAAGCUCGCUCAGCGGCAUGACCACUGUCGGCGAAGGGACCGCCGCGGACGCGCUGCUGGCGCUUACGGGUGAAUCCCCGACGACCUCGGAAGGGAGCGAGCCGGUUGAGCCAGAUAUGCCCGAGGUUUUUGAAGCAGUUGCGCGACCAAGGCCAAGAAGCUUGCUCACCAGAGAGGAGAGGAUCGUCAAGAUGAAGGAGGAGAGGGAGCAAAAGGAACAAGCUCGGAAACAGUUGGAUGCAACACAGGGCAUGCUGCGCGAGCUGGAAGCCGUCAUUCAUUUACGACCCAAGGCUCCUGUGAGUGCUCCCCCGUCGCAGGGAGGAAUAAUCUCCUUGUGA